AUGAAGUACCUCGCUACCUACCUGCUCCUCGCCCUUGCUGGCAACGAGUCUCCCUCCGCUGCCGAUAUCAAGGCUGUUCUCUCUUCCGUUGGCAUUGACGCCGACUCUGAGCGCCUUGACAAGGUCCUCGCUGAGCUCAACGGCAAGAACCUCCAGGAGUUGAUCGCUGAGGGUUCUUCCAAGCUCGCCUCCGUUCCCUCCGGUGGUGCUGGUGCCGCUGCCCCCGCCGCUGGUGGUGCCGCUACUUCUGACGCCCCCGCCGCUGAGGAGAAGGAGGAGGAGAAGGAGGAGUCCGAUGACGACAUGGGAUUCGGUCUCUUCGACUAA